UUAAAUGAACUGUAAAGAUUCGAAAUAUCAUUAUUUUAGUUUCUUUUAAAUAUAAAUUGAUCGUAAAUUUAAAUUUUUUUAUUAUCCUUUAUAACAGUGCUUUAAAAUAUUCUGCAUAGUUGAAAAUGUCUCAACUAAGCAAUCCUAGUAUUGAUUUUGGAUUGAAGUUUUUGAAAAAAGUUAAUUCUGCAUCUGAUUCAACCAACUUACUUUUGUCGCCAUUAAGUGUUAUCAUUGCCUAUUGUAUGGUAUUGGAAGGAGCCGCUGGUGAAACAGAAAAACAAAUCAAAGAAGUUCUAGAUUUGGAUAAAAUUGAUAACCAACAUGGAGGUAUUUCUGAAAUAAUCAAACAGCUGUUAGAAAGCUAUAAAACAAAUAAAAAUUUCAUUCUAGAGUUUAGUAAUUUACUUGUGACCAACAGAAAAUUCAAGCUUAAAGACACUUUUGUACGAAGCUUACAAACUAACUAUUCUGCCGAUGCAUUCAAUGAGGAUUUCACCAAAAAUGGAAAAAAUGUUCUAGAAAAAGUCAACUCCUGGGUUUCCGAAAAUACAAAAAAUAAAAUUGCAACUAUUCUCAACGAACCGCCAAACCCUGAUGCUGUGUGUUUGCUAUUAAAUGCAAUUUAUUUCGAAGGUAGCUGGUUGAACCCUUUUUCUAAAAGGAGUACACAUGAUAAGAUAUUCAAUAAUUCAGAUGGAUCAACAACUAAGGUUAAGAUGAUGCUUCAUGCAGGUAGAUACAACUUUUUAGAAUCUCCUGAAAAAAAAUUUAAGAUUGUCGAGAUUCCAUAUGGUGGAAAUAUGAGCAUGAUAUUGGUCCUUCCAAUUGGUGACAACAAUCUAAAAAAGAUGGUCGAUAAUUUAGACUCAACUGAGCUUUCCAGAUUGAUAGACUCCAUGACAAGAACGCGUUUGGAUAGUUUGAUGGUACCAAAAUUCAAACUGGAAGACAAACAUCAAUUACACGAAAUUUUACCAAACAUGGGAAUGAUUCUACCAUUUGACCAAGGGAAUGCCGAAUUUCCCAAAAUUACUGAAAGAUCAGUAUACAUAUCACAAUCAAUACAAAAAGCUUUAAUUGAAGUCACUGAGACUGGUACUGUAGCAACGGCGGUAACUCAACUUGAAGCAGUGUUGGCAUGUGCACCACCAAAAGUCAUUAAUUUCAUUGCGGAUAGGCCAUUUCUAUUUUUCAUUCGUGAUAAUCUUACAAAAGUCAAUCUAUUCAUGGGUCAAUUGAAUAAUAUGUCUUCUAUCUAGUCGCUCUGAAAAGUCAUAUAACCUUACUUUCUCUUCACUUAUUAUUAUUAUAGAAUCAAAAUUUACACGAUCUAUUGAGAAUAUUUAUAUUUAAUCAUGACAUUUUGACAUUCAUUCGCUAUCAGCAAAAUCGGUAAAUCAAUUAUCUUUUAAUCAUUCCAAUGAAAAUUUCUAUUUCAACGAAAACAGUUGUUAUAUAUGGUAUUAAUACAUGGUUGUUAUUAUUAAUAUUAAUAAAAAGAAACACAAUCGUCACAUUUAUGCACAAAUUGACACAAAGGACAAUGUCCAAAAACUUUGAUUGUUAAGAGUUGGGACUUAGUGAGUUUUUAGGGGUAUAAAAACUGAGUCUAUCAGUGCUAUUGAAAAUUUGUUUGAGUCGCCAGUUUUCGAUAAAAUUGAGGUCAAAGUUGAAGCUUCGAUCGCCUUUAUUUCAAUAAUAAAACCAGAUUUUUUCA